GCGCCUGUGCCUGAGGCCGGCGAGUCGGGCGAGUGCCGUUUGCCGGCCGAGCUGGUGGGCAAGUCAACCCAAUGCGUCUGCCAGUGCGAGUGCCAUUGCACUACCGAGGGCUCGGGCAGCUGGAGUUCGAUCCGGUGGUGCUGCUUGUUCCUCCUGGUCGCCGUGGGUGCCUUCGUCGUGGAUGUCUGCUUUGGCCGCGGGCUCGGCCGCCGUACCAUCCCUGUCACUCUCAAGCUCGAGCCGCUGAUCUUCGAGUCUGAAGAUGGCGACCCCUCAAUGGGUGCACUCACUCAAGGCCGGCGACCGGGUCGUCGUCUGCUACUACAGGACGAGGACGGUGCGGCGGUGGAGUGGCACGAGCGCUUUCUGCUCGCGCGCAUCACUGGCACAAAGUGGGUUGUCAUGUCGAAAGACUUCGAUCUCUGUCAGGAGGAUUUUGGGGAGAGUGAUGACCUGAAGAGUUUUGCAGCUAACGGUCGGCUUUCCAAGGCGCUCGGAGGGAUGCACGUGUAUCUCAUCGACCAUUUCAGUUUUGGCAGGGAUCGGGACUACUACAUGAAGACGGGUGAGGACUUGGCGAGGCCGCUCCGUCCAGAUGCCGCCGCCGAUCCUGGUAACGGUGCCGACGUUGUGACGACGGCCGACGCCGCGGGCAAGGCUAAGCUUGCGGAUGCUAAGGACGACGCCAAGGAUGGUUCGCGCUGGAGCCGCAAUGACCGGUGCGUGUUCGAGCUCAAGGACGGCGCGGUGCUGGCUGGCGGCUUGGAGGCCUCCUUUGAAAUUGUGCAGAGCGUGAAUGACUCGCGUAUCCUCCUGGUGGAGCAAGAUGGGCAGAAGCGUUCCCGUCGCACGUUCUCCGGCGCGCUGACCAAGAUGGACCUGGUCGAUUUCGGUGCGGAGUGGGAGAUCGAGGGUCCGCGCUCGAUCUUCUUUGUGUGCGAGCGGAUCCAGGAGGGCAGCCAGGGGCCGGUGCACCGGCACUACUGGCGUCGCUCAGUGCUGGGCUUGGCGGUUACUGAUGUGGGGUUGGGCGAGCACUUGCUGUUAUCUCAGCUCAUCGAGGAUGCUCUCACGAUUGACCAGGCCCAAACGUGCAACCUGGCGGCGGUCGAGUUGGUGAGCCGCCGCUACUGCGCCAUCGUCAUGCCAGAGCUCGUGGACUUCGUGGCGGUGGAGCUCGCGUCGCGGGCUGCAGCGCUGAAGGGGCGCCGCCAGACGCGCGGGGACGCCGCCGUGUCGCAGAGCUUGGGGCCGUCGACCGCCACCGCCGCCCCGGCGAAGAAGGGCUCCAAGGGCUCCGAGGGGGAGAAG